GGUCCCUUGCAUCCUCCAUUACAGCCUCAGCCACAACCUCAGCCGCAGCAGCACCAUCACCAGCAGCCUCAGCAGCACCAUCACCAGCAGCAGCAGCAGCAACACCAUCAUCAUCUCCAAGGGCCACCGCAGCCCUUGAUGCCCAUGAAUCAGCCACAGUUCAGGCCUCAUAUGCAGGCCACACAGCAGCAGCCAAAUAACAACAGGAUGCAGUGUCAGCCGCGACAGGGUCCAAUGAAGCCAAGACACAAUACACCAUCACAAAAUAUUGUCAAGCGUCCAAAUCAGCAGCUACAGUCAACUGCUCCAAGAAAUAGUAACUUGCGCGAGUUGCCGAUAGCACCAUCACAUGCUAUGGAAAUGAGCAACAAUAGGAGAACCUCUACCCCAGCUGCUCAGGUCAAACCCAUUACCAGCACGAUGUCUGCCACCAAGUCUGUAGCUGGUGUUGGAAACUCGCAGGGAAGGCCCGAGAUGAAAGCUAAAGCAAUCACACCAGUGGGCCAAGCAAAAUCAGAAGUAAAAUCUGAACCAGAGUAUCCAGACGAAGAUGAAGAAACUAGAUUGUAUCGUUUGAAAAUAGAAGAGCAGAAGCGUCUAAGAGAAGAAAUUCUGAAACAAAAGGAGCUGAGACGGCAGCAGCAGGCUGGUGCUAGAAAGAGAGAAUUGCUCGAAAGACUUGCGCAGCAGCAGCAGCAGCAACCUUCUACGCAGCAGUCCUACAUGCAGCAGGACGACGACUCCUCUGAGUUCCCCACCAACGGCAGCCCUUACAUACCCCACUCUGGCUUACAGACCAGGCAAAAUGUGAAAAACAGACUCCUUGUUAAAAAGCAAGAUAUGGUAGUUCCAAACAUCCAACCCAAACCCACAGAUUUCCCACAGGUCGGGGCGAAUAUGCCGUAUCAAGGACAGCAGAUGAAGGCAGUGAAGCAGCUGAGGCAGACUAGGACAGUACCUCCGAGUCAGCCUCAGGCGCCACAGAAAGUACUACAGACAAAACCUGCUGCAGCAUCGCCGCCCACGACACAGGCUGCUCGAGUGGCUUCAGCACAAGCAAGGCCCCAGGAACUGAAACCUGGCGUGAAAAGGACUGUCAUGCAGCGGACAAACAGUGGUAGUGGAGAUGGGCCCCAUGUCGGCAGCAAAGUCAGGGUGAUUAAGUUGUCAGGAGGGCAGGGGGGAGAGGAUGCUGGCUUUUUUCACCCAGAGGGCCAGCCCCAGCGGCCUCAACAACCCCUGGAGCCGAAACAGCAGCCAGUGCGGAAGGUCACAUUGACAAAGGGAAUGCAACAGCAGCAGCACCAACAGCAGCAGCAGGCACAGAUCCAUUCACCAGCUCCUCAAGGAGUCAAAAACAUCCAGGGAAUCCAUCAACCUAAAAAGGUCAUUAUGCACGGGAGAGGCAGAGGAGUAGCAGGCCAGAUGGGCCGAGGACGCUUGAUGCCAAAUAAACAGAACCUGCGAGUGGUGGAGUGCAAACCUCAGCCCUGUAUUGUGUCAGUUGAAGGGCUUUCUUCAUCAACUACUGAUGUCCAACUGAAAAACCUGCUGAUGUCAGUGGGACCCAUUCAGAGUUUACAGAUGCUUCCUCAACAACGGAAAGCCAUAGCAAAAUUUAAGGAGCCAGCACAUGCUUUAGCAUUUCAACAGAAAUUCCACAGGCACAUGAUAGAUCUGUCCCACAUAAACGUGGCGCUGAUAGUUGAGUGAUGUCUGCUGAGAGAAGCCCUGACACUAACAGAAGCGUACUGUGGAGCUACACAAGACGCAGUGGCAAAACCAUCAGGUUGUGAAACCUUUCAGCUUAGUCUUUACUUGCUAUGUUGAACUACAGAAAGCAGCAAGGUGUCCUCCAGAAGAGCUGAACUUGAGAGGAUCUGCAAAGGUGGAAUUUCUGUUUGGUUUGUUCGCGUUCUGUUGUAACCAUGUGGAACUACAGAUAUUUUCAAAAUGCUUUCAAUGCAUGUAGACACUUUUCUUCAAGAUCCUACUGUGUGACCACAGUGACUUGAGAGAGAACGUUUACAUCGAAAGAUUUAAAAACUUUCUUCAUAGCAAAGAAUAUUUGAUAAUGGUUGCUCUUAUCUUCAGUGCGAGGUAUUUGAACGAAAACUCACUUUUCUAAACAAAACACAUUAGUUACGUUGUAUAUCUGAGAGCACAGAAGGUAUUCUUGCAUAGAUUUAAACGUGGUCUACUUCACUGAAUAGCAGUAUGCUGAGAGGCUUUGGAGGUGACACUGGAAAAUUGUAGUUUUGAUCUUUGUAAAUAAGUUAAGUCUGUCUUUGCAUUUUUCUGUUCCAACACAGACUUCCAUCUUCUUCCAACUCCACGUAUUCCAUAAAACCCUAUGUAGGAAUAACAUUGCUGUAUUUUCCCUUGGUUUUUAAGAACAAGGAUCUUUGCCCUUCAGAGCAUCGUGGGGUAGUGAACUCCAAGUUGUAACUAGGUUGUUUUAAAUGACGUUGCCAGAUACAAGGAAAAAGAAAUAUUUGG